AAUGUAUUUAAUGCGGAGUUUCUAUCUUCUCUAGCGGCUCUUUCAAUGGGGCAAAUCUUUUGCAGACAACUCAACACCGGCGAUACGAUCAUCUACCUUUCUUUGUCGUCUUCUUAGUUGUAUUCUGGUUCAGAUUCUUAUAGAAAAUACAAGUGAAGAUAUUAUGGAGGACUAUUUUCUCAAAGAAUUCUCAGUCGAGUCCAAGCACCCGUCGGCUGAGGCUCAGCUAAGAUGGAGAUCCGCCGUAGCUCUUGUCAGAAACCCUCGCCGACGGUUUCGACAUGUGGCUGAUCUCGUUAAGCGUUCGGAGGCUCAGAAGAAGAGGAAGAGUAUCCAGGAAAAAAUACGAGUUGCCCUCUAUGUUCAGAAGGCAGCAUUGCAGUUCAUUGAUGCUGGUGGUCGGAUUGAGUUCAAGUUGUCUCAAGAGGCCAGAGAUGCAGGUUUUGAUGUUCACCCAGAUGAGCUGGCAGCUAUCAUACGUAGCCAUGAUGUACGGGCCAUGAAUGUACAUGGUGGAGUACCUGGAAUAGCAAGAAAAGUUAAGGUGGACUCCCUAGAUGAUGGAGUUAGCGAAAAGGAUAUACCUAUCAGGCAGAAGGUUUAUGGACUUAAUCGUUAUGCAGAGAAACAAGCUAGAACAUUUUGGAUGUUUGUAUGGGAAGCAAUACACGACUUAACACUAAUCAUUCUUAUGGUAUGCGCUGCGGUUUCUAUAGGUGUAGGAGUCGCCACAGAAGGGCUUCCAAAGGGCAUGUAUGAUGGCUUGGGAAUCUUACUUAGUAUUAUCUUGGUCGUCAUGGUUACUGCCACAAGUGACUACAGGCAAUCCUUGCAAUUCAAACGUUUGGAUGAGGAGAAAAAAAAGAUCUUUGUUCAUGUCACUAGAGAUGGGAAAAGACAGAAACUUUCCAUUUAUGACUUAGUUGUUGGAGAUAUUGUCCAUUUGUCAAUUGGAGAUCAAGUUCCAGCUGAUGGGAUUUUUAUAUCAGGUUAUUGUUUGCUGAUUGAUGAAUCAAGCUUGUCAGGUGAGAGUGAGCCAGUUAAUGUAGAUGAAGGGAAACCUUUUCUUCUAUGUGGAACCAAAGUGCAGGACGGAGCAGCAAAAAUGUUGGUAACAACAGUUGGGAUGAGGACUGAAUGGGGUAAGCUGAUGGAGACAUUAAGUGAGGGAGGAGAUGAUGAGACCCCACUACAAGUUAAGCUGAAUGGUGUAGCUACAAUUAUUGGUAAAAUUGGUUUGUGUUUUGCUGUGUUAACUUUUUUGGUAUUGACAACAAGAUUUUUGGUGAACAAAGCACUUCUCAAUGAAAUUACUGUUUGGUCGUCAGCUGACGCACUUACUCUUUUGGAUUACUUUGCUAUUGCAGUAACUAUAAUUGUUGUUGCAGUUCCUGAAGGGUUACCAUUGGCAGUGACACUGAGCCUUGCUUUUGCAAUGAGCAAAUUAAUGAGUGAAAGGGCACUUGUGAGGCAUCUUUCUGCAUGUGAAACAAUGGGUUCUGCUAGUUGCAUUUGCACUGACAAAACAGGAACAUUAACUACAAACCAUAUGGUGGUUAACAAAAUAUGGAUAUCUGACAAAUCUAUAGAGGUAAAAGGUAAAGAGAGUGAAAAUGUAGUAAAAUCUGAGAUUUCUGAAGAGGCUUUAAGCAUCCUACUCCAAGUGAUAUUUCAAAAUACUGGUUGUGAAGUUGCUGAUGUAGAUGGAAAGAUCACCAUCUACGGUUCCCCCACAGAAACAGCAAUAUUAGAAUUUGGCUUGCUUCUUGGUGCUGAAUUUAAAGCACAGCGUAAAGAUAUGAAUAUACUUAAGAUAGAACCUUUCAACUCAGCCAGGAAAAAGAUGUCUGUACUUGUUGCUCGUCCUAAUGGCGGUAAGCGUGCUUUUUGCAAAGGUGCAUCAGAAAUAAUAUUAAGUAUGUGUAACAAGUUUAUAGGCUCAAAUGGAGAACCUAUUGAUUUAUCUGACCAACAGGUAAAUUAUAUAUCGGAAGUUAUAAAUUCCUUUGCUUCAGAAGCUUUGAGAACUCUCUGCUUGGCUUACCAGGAUAUAGAUGGCUUUUCUGAUGAAAACAAGAUCCCUGAUAAUGGUUAUACAUUGGUAGCAGUUGUUGGAAUCAAGGAUCCUGUGCGCCCAGGAGUAAAGAAUGCAGUUGAAACUUGUUUAGCUGCUGGAAUAACUGUUAGAAUGGUUACUGGUGAUAAUAUAAACACAGCCAAGGCCAUAGCUAAGGAAUGUGGCAUUCUCACCCCAGGUGGUAUGGCCAUAGAAGGGCCAGAUUUUCGUAAUUUGUCUCCAGAACAGAUGAAAGAGGUUAUACCCAAAAUUCAGGUUAUGGCACGAUCUUCGCCCUCGGACAAACACACCUUGGUGAUCAAUUUGAGAAAAAUGUUUGGUGAGGUUGUUGCCGUGACUGGUGAUGGAACCAACGAUGCUCCUGCAUUGCAUGAGUCAGACAUCGGGCUUGCUAUGGGUAUAGCUGGGACAGAGGUGGCUAAAGAAAAUGCUGAUGUCAUCAUUAUGGAUGACAAUUUUUCAACUAUCGUUAAUGUAGGUAAAUGGGGACGUUCGGUUUACAUAAACAUUCAAAAGUUCGUUCAGUUCCAGUUAACAGUUAAUGUCGUUGCUUUAGUUCUCAAUUUCUUCUCUGCUUGCAUCUCAGGAGCUGCUCCUCUUACGGCUGUGCAACUUUUAUGGGUCAACAUGAUUAUGGACACUCUUGGUGCAUUGGCACUGGCCACAGAACCUCCAACCAAUGAGCUAAUGAAAAGGCCACCAGUAGGAAGGGGUUCAAGUUUCAUCACAAAGGCCAUGUGGAGGAAUAUCAUUGGUCAGAGUAUAUACCAACUGAUUGUCCUUGCAUUGCUCAAUUUCGAUGGAAAGAAGCUACUGGGACUAACUGGUUCAGAUGCAAGUGCGGUUCUGAACACAUUAAUAUUCAAUGCUUUUGUGUUUUGUCAGGUGUUUAAUGAGAUAAACAGCCGUGAUAUUGAAAAGAUAAACAUAUUCCAUGGCAUGUUUAGCAGUUGGGUAUUUAUUGCUGUGAUGAUCGUCACAGUGGCUUUCCAAGUGAUAAUAGUUGAGUUUUUGGGGGCAUUUGCCAGUACUGUACCACUGAGCUGGCAACUAUGGCUACUCAGCGUGGGAAUCGGAUCAAUCAGCUUGAUAGUUGCAGUUGUCCUGAAAUGCAUCCCUGUUGAAAAGAAGAUCAAACACCAUGAUGGCUACGAAGCACUCCCAAGUGGUCCGGAGCUUGCUUAAACAUUGGGUAAAAUGAGAAAAGGCCAACAGUUUUUAUUCUUGAGUGAUUGAAAAAAGAGUUCAUACUAAUAUGUCACAUUUAGGAAUCCAACACACUACGUGAUGUAUCAAACGGCAAUCGAUAUAAUUUUGUAUUGGGCACCAUAUAUUCAAAUUCAUAAUAGACGAUGUGAGACAUCAUAUUAAAUUCACAAAUUAUGAAUGUCUCAUCAUAUGGUGUUGAGCAGCAUAUGGGUGCCCCAUAAUAGUGACUACAGUAGUUAAUACAAUUACUUGGAUACUAUUAUAUGAAAUUAGGUAUUUUUUUUUUGGUUGGAGAGAAUUUGAAAAAUAAUGGAUGGUGGAUUAUUUUUGUUGUCAA